UAAGAAUCCGCAAAUACUGAACGCUGAGGUCAGAUGGAGCUGCGGAGUUACCAGUGGGAAGUGAUUAUGCCAGCUUUGGAGGGCAAGAAUAUCAUCAUCUGGCUCCCAACAGGGAGUGGAAAAACUAGAGCAGCCAUGUAUGUGGCAAUGAGGCACCUGGAAAUGAGACCGCAUGCCAAAGUAGCCAUGAUUGUGAACAAGGUGCAUCUUGUACAUCAGCAUUUCAGCAAGGAGUUUGAGCCGCACCUUCGUGGAAAGUACAGAACUAUCCCCAUAAGUGGAGAUACAGAGCAGAAGGGCUGCUUUGCAAACUUUGUAAAAAAAACCGAUGUCAUCAUCUGCACUGCUCAAAUCCUGUACAAUGCUCUCCAGAACCCGAGUGAGGAAAAGCAUGUGGAAAUAACAGAUUUUACUCUGUUAAUAAUAGAUGAGUGCCACCACACCCAGAAAGAUGCAAUUUAUAACAAGGUGAUGCAAAUCUAUCUUGAGAAAAAGCUCAAACAUGAAAGGAAUCUUCCACAAAUUCUGGGACUCACUGCAUCCCCUGGGACCGGUGGAGCUAGCAGCUUCGAGGAUGCUGAGGAUCACAUUUUACAGAUUUGUGCUAAUCUGGACACAUGGAAGAUAAUGUCAGCUAAGGUCAACAUUGAAGAUCUAGAAGCUAAAGCCAAGCAACCCAACAAACAAUAUGACUUGGUUCCAGAAAGGGAUAAGGAUCCCUUUGGGGACAAGCUGAAGUCACUAAUGGCAACCAUAAAUGAAUAUCUUGGUGAAAAUGGCUGUACCAGUUCUGACUUUGGAACUCAGAUGUAUGAGCAGAAAGUGGUUGAAAUGGAGAAAGAAGGAGCAGUGGAGGCGAACAGAAUGAAAAGGACAUGUGCUUUGCACCUUCGUAAAUACAAUGAUGCCCUCUUCAUAAAUGACACAGUCAGAAUGCAGGAUGCCUAUGAAUCUCUGGAAAGGUUCUUCAUUGAAGAAAGGUUCAUCAGGAAAUCGGAUGACCCAACAGAUGUCUUUCUCUGUCGGUUAUUCAGUGAUAACAGUAACAACCUACUAGAGCUAAGUAGAGACAAGAACAAUGAAAACCCCAAGUUGUUGAGGCUUGAAGAGAUUCUGAAGGAGCACUUUCAGUCCUCGUCGGGUUCCCGUGGUAUCAUCUUCACUCGUACUCGGGAAAGUACCUACUCUCUGCACGACUGGAUCACUAGCAAUUCCGCUCUCAAAGAGCUAAAAAUAAAGUCUGCAGCUCUGACUGGAGCUGGCUUCAGCAAUCAGACCAAGCACAUGACACAGAAUGAGCAACAGGAUGUUAUUGAAAGGUUUCGUAAUGGCUCUCUAAAUCUACUCGUCUCAACCAGCGUUGCUGAAGAAGGCCUUGAUAUCCCACAAUGUAAUAUCGUUGUGCGUUAUGGUCUUAUGACUAACGAGAUAUCCAUGGUGCAGGCUAGAGGAAGAGCUCGGGCUGAGGACAGUUGUUACUCAUUUCUGGCCAAAUCCGGAGGAAAGGAAAGCCGAAGAGAAAUGACCAACGAAUCUUUGGAAGAUCUGAUGAAACGAGUUAUUGACCAUGUGCAAAAAAUGCCAGAGAAGGAAUAUGGCGAAAAGAUUUUGGAUCUGCAGUUGUCGUCUCUCAUUGAACGUCAGGUGAAACAAGCUAAGGUGGAGCAGAAAAAGAAAUUCAAUCCUCAAGAUGUUCGUUUGGACUGCAGGAACUGUGUCAUUGCAGUUGGGCACGGGAAUGAUUUUCGGGUUGUGGAAGGUAUUCACCAUGUCAAUGUCAAUCCUAACUUUAAAGUCUAUUAUGAAGAAUACACAGCGCCUGUUGAUCUGGGAAAAAAGAUGGAAGACUGGGUCCCUGGAGGAGCCAUCAGAUGCAGGUUUUGUGAGCGGAACUGGGGCAUUAUGAUGAUUUACAAAGGAGUGUCUCUUCCAACUGUAGGCAUCAAGAAUUUUAUAAUAACAACUCCUGAGGGGCGGAGGCCCUACAAACAGUGGAAGGAUGUGCCUUUUCCAUUAGAGCUUUUUAAUUACAAUCAGUAUUGUGAAGAGAACAAUUUAUUAUUUGUUGAUGAUGAUGAUGACGACGAUGACUAA